AUGUCUCUGGUCACUCCUCUUGUUCUCUCAUCUCACAAUGAUGAAUCGAGAUUGCCUGACGAAUUUCCUUCGGAGCCAUCCAUAUCUCAAAAUACGGUUUCACCCAUCUCAGAGCCCUUACCCCCGAUUCAAGCCAAGCUACCUGAUGUCAGUUCGGAUAUCAAUCGUUCAAGAAGUGGUUCUUCCGGCUCGAGUGAUAGUGAACGAAAUCAACCAUCCAACUCAUCCUCAGGUGGCCUGUUGAACCACAAGCUAGCUAGAUCAGAUCCUGGCUCCCAUGUUCCUCCUCAAUCGAAUGAUCAUCAACAAGGGCCUAGUGCCCAGACUGAGCGAUCGGUCGAGGUCAAACCGGCCCCGCAGGAUGUUUCCAACGAGGUUGCUCCUGUUAGGAUUAUCGACGAGCAAUCAACGAAGGAAUGGGCCACUCUAGAAUCUUCAUUAACUAGCUUUCGGGCAUCUCGUGGUCAACCUGUCACUGUCAACGGUGCUCGAGUGGAUCUGACUAACUUCUUGACCGGUACACUACUACCUUUCCUCAAAGCUGAAGAAAGUCACACGGGGUCGGUCUAUGUCAAUCAAAAGUUAAUGAUCACUCAUCGUAAAAUCUUGUUUGGCUGGCUCGAUCUAAUUUUUGCAGAACUUCGCGAGCCCCAGCCGGCCUCGCGAGGAGCUUGUCUGGAUGGUGUUGCUGGUAUCCUGGAAAGCCAUUUUCUUGCGAGCUAUAUCCUCAAUUCUAAUCCUGCUGCGGUCGCCCAGUAUCGCCAAGUCUUGGUGUCUGUUCUCAGCUUUGCUGUUGACAAACUCAAUGAUAAGGCUGUGUACGCGAAUACGUUGGUCUUUGCCGGUCGGAUGCUCGCAAUGGCAUUCUUCCGCAUCGAGGGUGUUGCGCGCAAAUUGCUCAGGGCCUUACCACCAGUCAAGCGUAUGUCCAUGAGACGGAUACUCGAUGAAAUGCAAGCAUCGAGCAAAAGUUUGACUUCCGAGAGACCCAACCUUCAACCUUUCCCAUCUUAUCUUCGGGAACUAUGUUUCACCAACCUAGCUGAUUAUUGUCGUGUUUUUUCCAAUGCGAGCACUGAGAGUGAUAAUGUGCUGGUCCAAGAGGGCACUGUUCAGGUUGAAAUGAGCGGAAACUGGUUGAUUCGAUGGACAGCAUCCGAUUCCGACCUCCCUUUUGCCUUCUACCGAGCCUAUCAUCGCCAACUAGCCACCUAUCUUCGUCCUCAGCCCAAUGAUACCAUUAUUGAUUCACUCUUACUAGUCUCAAUGCCCGGGUUCUUGUUCAUAGCUGCCUCUUUCCUCGACAAAUGUGACUCCUUAGUCCAUAGAAGCUUGAGAUCAGUCACUACGCUCGGUCCAAAUACCAAUAGCUUCAAUGCCGGCGAAUCCGCCAACCUAGCGAUGGGUGCCAAGCCCAAAGUAUUGGAACUAGCACAUCGUCGAUUGAUCUCGACCGCUUUGGAUAUCGUUGGUGGUUCUCCAGUAGCGAACGCUGAAUCUGAUGAGGCUUCUGACUUUUCUCGUCGGCGCAACUUUUUCGGAGGUCUUUUGAACGUUUGGAUCCAAGCUAUCACCAAACGCACAAGCAUGUGGGACACAAGAAGUGUCUUUCUUCUCCUCGACUUUUUUGAUGGUCUUUUUUAUACCGUCCUUUAUACCGCUCCUGUAGCCACCCCAACGGAUCAUCCACCCUCACCUAAGCUUGCCCAGCCGUCACUUCGAUUGUUUGAUGUAUCAUUUAUCUUGGAUGUGGUCCGACGGAUCUUGACCACCGCUGAUAACACUGUUUGUGUGAUGAGAACGAUAGCAUUUGUAUAUUCUCAAUUUGAAGCUUUGACAAUCAAUCCUAAGACAUGCGAUGCUCUUUGUCUCGACUUACUCCUGCAGCCCACAAUCUUUCAACACCUUUUUCUGCAUUGGAAUUCUGGAGUACGUGGUUACUACAUGCGCCUGUUGGUCUGGAGAUUGUCUCGCCUCGGAGUUCUCGAUCAAUCAGGCCCUCAAACCAAAUCACGUGAGGCUAUCAAUAUCAUCCUGACCUUUAAUAACCGUCUGGAUGCCAUCCGUAAACGACACGAUGAACUAUCGCCCGAACCUGAGAUCUUACGAAGAAAAGAGGAUGACUACCACCGCAAACGAUCUACAAUAUGUUCAACCCGAGGUGUCACCGAUCAGCCAUGGGCCAUCAAUGAGCUCUCGCCUGAAGAGGUUUGCGCGGAAACCGUCAACGAUCCUUUGCCAGAGACCUCCGCUACCACCUCUACUGAAAAGCCAUCGGUUGCCAAAGUGGCUUCUUGGCUCAAAGUGGUCAAGAAACUGGGGGGUACUGCAAAGGGAAGAGCUCGGCAUGAACCCAGCUCGAGUGUCUCCCUACCAGCUACUAGUUCCGAACUUGAUCUCAUACCCGAACAGCCCUCCAGGCGUACAGAAGACUUCAAGAGCGCCCCGUCGACACCGCCUCCAGCUCAACCUGAUGACGAUCCUAUGAAGACCCCGCGGAAGUCUGAUAGUAGUCAUCGCUCAACACAGUCGCCUGAUAGCCCAACGUUUUUCAAGUUCGAGUUUGAGAUAGGGGCCGAAAUGCCACGUUCGGAUUCUUUUGACACACCCCUCACUACGCCUACUCCGUCAGAAAUACCACAGACCAUCGACCCUACUAGUUUGCAAGUAUCACCUCUCAAACCACCUUCCGAUAACCCAACCGCCCCAAACUCUUCAACCCCAGGUCCUCGUGUUUCUACUCGGUUCUCAAAGCGAGUAUCGUUAUUGCCACCAGUUGCAUUGAACUUACUCAAAGAGAACGAGAUGACACCUUCGGUUCCGUCCACAUCGAAAUCAUCCACUAAUAAAACUCAAGUUGAUGUACCAUAUAGCAUUUCAAAACACGCUUAUGCGAUUCGUGCUCUAGCAGAAUAUGAGCAAAGUUUAGAGGAAGAACAUGAAUGGAAAGAGAAAUUAGCUGAAGAAGAAGCUAAUGAUUUACUUGCAGGAAUUGAUCCUAAUCUGAACACGGCUUCUGAAUUAAUCGUACCUAGAUUGGCUGUUUCGUGGCCUUUGAGUUUUUCUGAAGAUGAAUAAGUUUGAUUAUUCAUUUCAUCUGGGACUUCUCUCUUUGGUUCUUAUUUAACUUGUUGUCAAUAAUGGGUUUGCAUUAUACAUAUAUAUAAUUGUUUUAUGAUCGCGUUUUUGCUUUAGAUCUCUGGAUAGAUUGGAGAUUAAUUCACCGCCAGUCAUCAUUUGAAAUCUAGACUCUCAAUCAUAAUUAGUUAAAGUGGAAUGAAAAUCAUCAUCUAAAGAAAAAUCUAAUCCUUUACUCUAUUUAUUCACACAUAUCUUCAAUCCAUGAUGGUGAUCUUCAUCUUCUCUCUUCUAGAUUUCGUUUCUAUAUUCUGAUUCAUCAACUGAUUGUUAUUUUUAUUACAAUUUGUCGUAUAAACCCCCUUUAUUUUUGUUUUCUUAUUUCA